AUGAGGAAGAGGAGGCCUGAUCAGGAAACAUGGGGGGGUCCUAAGUGGGAGCAUGAUCGUCCUUACGUCCCUCAGGGGACUCUGGAAACUGACUUCCCCACACCUCUCUAUAGCGAUGAGUACCUCACUCUUCCAGGCCCUAGAUGGGCACCCACCAUGAAGCAGAGUGUCCGAUGGAAGUUCACUCCUAUGGGACAUGAUGCCAUAGGACAGUGGUACACGGGCUUGAGCAACAACCCAGAUGUCUGGUACAACAUGACCAAUCCUAUCAGCCGCCCAGCCUACACCCGAUGGCACCGAUCCUAUUCCCAGCGGGAGCAGACCUUCGCCCCUGCCUAUACCCAGCAUCUUCGAGAAAGCUCCUGGUAUGAUCCCAUACUCCCUGCCCAAUACAUGGAGCCUAGCACCCGCCGGGGGAACCUUCUAUGGCAGGAAAAGCUCCUCCCAGGCAAGGAGUUUGUUGUUAACCGGAAUCACUUUGGGACUCCAACUGGCAAAGGCUCCAACUAUGUCCCCUUCCUGUCUGUGCCCAACCGGCCAUGUUAUACCACCCAGAACUUCCGACUAUGGAAUCUAGAGCCCUACUGCCCGUCUACCAAGCAGCGGCCCCCACCUGUCCACAGACCCAAACACUAAUAAAGGUGUAACACUGUGCAUGACCCACUUCUCCUAGGGCCUUUGAGAGGAAUUGGCGCCAGCCCUCCCACUCACCCUUCCCUCCAUUCUCUCUAGGACAGGUCCUUCGAGGGCACUGUCCAUCCAGCUGCUGGGAUGGGACUAAG